CAGUGCAGCCUACUUUACAGAAAGCUGAGAGUUACUUGUCCAAUGGUGUGAAGGAAAACUGCAAUGGUAAUCUGUCUCCUGUUUUGAAAAGGAAAAGUCGAUUGCAAACUGACACAACCUUAGAUUCGAGCUGUAAUGACAAUGGGAUGAAAUUACGACAUUUUACCAGGCAAUCUGUUAGACAGCACGUCAACAAAAAUAAUGACAAAGAAGUGAAUGCACCUGCGUGUGCAGGAUCACGUCGUAGUAACAGAGUUGAAAUGGAAGUUGAUGACAGAGUGUGUGAAGGUGCUGACACAGAAGUGCGCCGUAGUUGUAGACUUCGAAGAAAUCGCUACAGUACACUAAACCAAUCUGUACUCUUUGAUAAAUUAAUAACAAAUACUGCUGAAGCUGUUUUACAGAAAAUGGAUGAUAUGAAGAAACUGCGUCGUCAAAGAAUGAGAGAAUUAAAGGAUUUAAGAGACCUUAAUGAUACAGAAGAUGAUGAAGAAAAUCUGGAUAUGUAUUCACAUGUGAAAAAGAGGACCGUUCAGACAAUAGAUGAAGAAACAACAGAAGGUCAUGAGGAUGGGAGUGGAGAAUUAUCUGAAGAGGAGGAGACUGAAGAUAGAGAAGAUGAGGAAGACGCGCCAAAGCGCUACUAUUUGCGUCAGAGGAAGGCUGUUGUGCAAUGCCAAGCUCCAGAGCCUAAAAGAAAAUGCACAAUAUUUUAUCGUGGUCCAGCUUCUCCUGUAAGGCAAAGAUUUCGUUUUGGUACUUCUGGCUCGCGAAGUCCUUACUGCAAGAGAAAAAUGAACAGGCGAAGACAGGCAAUACACAGCAGUGAUUCUACCACCUCCUCUUCCUCUUCCUCUGAUGAGGAAGAGUGUUUUGAGAGAAGAAGGAACAAAGCAAGGAACCAAACACUUCUGAGAUGUCUUCCACUAAAUGUUAGGAAAGAUGAUUUGAAAGGAAUUCGCAAAGAUCGAAUGAAAAUCGGUGCUAGCCUGGCAGAUGUGGAUCCAAUGCAAAUUGACACUUCUGUACAUUUCAGUAGUGUGGGAGGACUUUCAAGCCAUAUUGCUGCGCUGAAGGAGAUGGUGGUUUUUCCAUUGCUUUAUCCUGAAGUAUUUGAGAGAUUUAAAAUUCAACCUCCAAGAGGCUGCUUAUUCUAUGGCCCGCCUGGAACUGGGAAAACCCUUGUUGCCCGAGCUCUGGCCAAUGAAUGUAGCCAGGGAGACCGAAGGGUAUCUUUCUUCAUGCGAAAGGGUGCAGACUGUCUCAGUAAAUGGGUAGGAGAAUCUGAGCGACAGUUACGAUUACUUUUUGAUCAGGCCUAUCUUAUGCGUCCUUCAAUUAUUUUCUUUGAUGAAGUAGAUGGCUUGGCCCCUGUUCGUUCCAGCAGGCAAGAUCAGAUACACAGUUCUAUAGUUUCAACCUUGUUAGCACUGAUGGAUGGAUUGGAUGGCAGAGGUGAAGUUGUGGUAAUAGGGGCAACAAAUAGACUGGAUUCAAUUGAUCCUGCUUUAAGACGUCCUGGACGAUUUGACAGAGAAUUUCUUUUUGGCCUCCCUGACAAAAAUGCUCGUAAAGAGAUACUGAAGAUUCAUACCAGGGACUGGAAUCCAAAGCCAUCUGAUGCAUUUCUCCAAGAACUAGCUGAAAAGUGUGUAGGUUAUUGUGGUGCUGAUAUUAAAUCUGUAUGUGCUGAAGCAGCACUCUGUGCCUUGCGUCGUCGUUAUCCACAGAUCUAUGUCAUCAAUGAGAAAUUGCAACUAGAUGUAUCUACUAUCAACAUAAAAGCGCAAGAUUUUGUAGUGGCCAUGCAAAAAAUAGUGCCUGCUUCUCAGCGGAUGGUGGCUUCGCCUGGACAAGCGCUAUCAUUUGUUAUCAGGCCACUCCUAGAAAACACCUGCAGUCGAAUUCUAGCAACUUUGAAAAAGAUUUUUCCACAUGCAGAGGAAGAUUUUAAAAAUGGCAGGAUCGAUGGAUUAAAUGAUAUACUAAAUGAUGGCAUUUACAGUGAUGAUGAAGGUCCAUCUGUUUUUGAAAAUGGCCGACUUCAGAAAUCACCUAACAAGCAGGGCCAUAAUGGGUAUUUCCUCUGUUACAACAGGUGUGCCUAUCACCAACCAACCUCCUACAGACCGAGGCUAUUGCUGUCUGGAAAACCAGGUUCAGGUCAGAGUUCACAUCUUGCCCCUGCACUCCUUCACAAUUUGGAGAAAUACACUGUGCAUCGGCUAGACCUUCCAGUAUUGUAUGGCGUCAGUGCCACAUCACCUGAGGAAACCUGCGCAAUGCUAUUUAGAGAAGCUCGAAGAACAGUCCCAAGUAUCCUGUAUAUUCCGCAUGUUGAUCAUUGGUGGGAAUCAGUUGGAGACACCAUGAGAGCCACGUUCAUUACAUUACUUCAGGACAUUCCCACAUUUACGCCCAUCUUGCUACUGGCAACAUGUGAUGUCCCGCACAGUGAACUGGCAGAAGACGUAAAAAAGAUAUUUGUCUGUCAUUACGGAGAAGUUUUUGAUGUUGGGCUUCCAAGACGUGAAGAACGAAAGAAGUUCUUUGAAGAGCUGAUAUUGAAACAGGCUGCAAAAGCACCACCCUCCAAACAAAAGGCUGUCCUUCAGGCUUUGGAGGUCCUUCCACUAGCACCGCCAUCAGAACCACGACGCCUCUCCAAGGAAGAGGUGAAACGACUAGAAGAGGAGGAAGAAGGCACUCUACGGGAGCUGAGGCUUUUCCUCCGGGAUGUGACUCAUAGGCUGGCAAAUGACAAGCGUUUCAAAGUGUUCACAAAACCUGUUGAUGUCGAGGAGGUUUCUGAUUACUCCACUGUUAUCAAACAACCAAUGGACCUUUCCACUAUUAUGUCAAAGAUUGACCUACACAGGUACAUGACUGUAAAGGCCUAUCUUCAAGACAUAGAGUUGAUCUGCAAUAAUGCACUGGAGUACAAUCCUGAUCGAGACCCUUCAGAUCGUAUGAUUAGACACCGAGCCUGUGCUUUGAAAGACACUGCCAAUGCAAUUAUGAAAUCAGAACUUGAUGAAGAAUUUGAAAAGCUCUGUGAAGAAAUUCAAGAAUCGCGAAAGAACAGAGGUUGCUAUUCUUCCAAAUUUGCACCCACGUUUUAUCAUGUGCUACCAAAGAAUUCCACAACAGAAAAUAAAAAAAACUGCCUUGAAACUUCUGAACAAAGAGUUGAAAUGCCCACACCAGUUGCUGCAAGCACCCCUUCAGUCCCUAGAGUUCAGUCAAAGAAGAAACUUCGUAGGUCUAAUCACUGGGAUUGUGAUGUACAUGCCAACAAAUGCAAGAGGUCUUCACCAAAUAUCAAAAAUGCAGAGGAUGGUAUUGGUGAUAACACCACUGAGAGAAUAGAAAAUGACAAUGAUUCAGUUAAAACUCAAACAGACUACAAUGGAGAUUGCUCCAGGGAAACUCAGCAAGACCAAAGUCUCUACAAUGGCUGCAUGAAAACAAUGACUAAGGAAUUUAUUGAAGUCCAGUCUGAUGGUGAACUGAUCUGUGUUGAUGUGAAUAUGUACAAGAAGAAAAUGCUUUCUUCUAAUGAAGCAAAAUUGGAAGUAAGUGAACUGGGUGAAGGAAGUUGUAUUAAAAAACAGCAACUUGAGUCAAGUGAAUACAUGGAAAAGAAGACUGAUAAACAACAUUCUGCAGAUGCACUGUUACAUAUGACCCGCAGCAGACAUGCUCAGGUGGAACAGCAACAGCAUAUUAAUAUGGAGAAAGCAAUGGAGGUUCUUUCUGAACAUAUACCACCUGUAAUUGUUGAUCACGAAAGGCUGAAGAAUCUCUGGAAACAAGUUACUCAGAAAACAGAGGGAUUCACUGUAAAUCAGCUUGAAAAAUUGUAUGCAGUGCUCAGUCAAUGCAUCUACAACCACCGUAAAGAGUUUGACAAGACUCUGCUGGUACAGGAAAUGGAGAAAGAAGUGAGGAAGCUAAGUCAAAUUUGAAUCUUCUGUUUGCAAAUAAUGUUGUUCAUUGUACCAGUUUCCAAUCGUUUUGUUCCAAUUUUUAUAUUUUUGAAUGUUUGUAACAAAAUGUAAAACCAGUCUUUCAAUUGAACAAUUUUUUUGUUGACAGAUGAUUUUUUGUUUGAAUGUACAUAUUCUAGAAGAAAAUGAAAAGUUUAUACACAAAUGUUUUGCCACAUUACCUUGAUCUUUUGUAAUUUUAUGUAAAGAAUAAAUUUUAAAUUUGUGAAUUUAUAUG